CGGAGGCGAUCGGUCGCUCCAACCCUCCCUUACCAGAAGUGAAAAUCCGGGAUGGCAUCGAUCCCGCAGAACCCUCGCGCCCUCACGUGACCAUCCGCUCCUGUCUUCCGCAUCGCCCAGCUUCCCGCAUUGGUCCCAGGCCCCUCCUUUCCGACCAAUGGCGGCGCGCCGAACCCCUGCGCGAUCCUCUUGGAUUGGCCGCCAAAAACGUCCUUAAUUCAGCUCGUUAAAUAUAAAUUGGAUAAAGUAAUAAUGUCAGAAGUCAGUAUAGCUGUAACAGUGCCUCUAAAUUGUGUAGACAAUUUGUCUCAUUAACGGCGUCCGAGCUGAUUGCCAAUCAAACGAAUUGAGGAGAUUAGAUUGUUUUGAUUUUCGCUCGUUAAUUGUGAAAAUGGAAGGUGCCCCUUUCGACGACCAGGCCUUCAGCGACUACUCGAACCAGCCGCUCCCGAGCCUGAAUUCCACGCUGCUCCAGACCAAGAACCAGGAUAACCUGAACGUGCACUCGAUACAGGUCAUGCUGGGGCUGCAGCAGCAGCACGACAUGUUCUCGAACAUGGGCUCGCCGAUGGAGUACAAGGGCUCGCCGCAGAAGAUGGACAACUCGCCGAUGCACCAGGACCUGGGGAUGUUCCAGCAGGGGAUGGAGAGCGUGAACAGCAGCGCGAACGGAGUCAAGAGGAAGAACGAGGAGGUGCUGCUGCAGUCGCAGAGUCUGAGCUCGACGGAGAUCGGCAACACGGGCACGACGCAGAAGAAGAACGAGAAGAAGAAGAACGACAACAACGGGGUUAAGAAGAAAAAGACAAGAACGACCUUCACCGCCUUCCAGCUCGAAGAGCUCGAGCGCGCCUUCGAGCGCGCCCCCUACCCCGACGUCUUCGCCCGCGAGGAGCUCGCCCUCAAGCUCAACCUCAGCGAGUCCCGCGUCCAGGUCUGGUUCCAGAACCGGCGGGCCAAGUGGCGGAAACGGGAGCCCCCACGCAAGACCGGCUACAUCAGCUCCAGCUCCCCCAGCUCCAGCAUCUCCACCAACUUCAACAACACCCUGAGCCCCUUCACUCAGGCCAACACCUUAAACACGUCCACCCCCGUGGACACCUGGAGCUACCAGUCCACCUACGACCUGGGCCCGCACUUGAACCUCCUCAACUCCUCGUCGACGCCCUACCCCAGCUUCGGCUCGCCCCAGAACGGGUACUCGUACAUGCUGAACUCGCACGACAACCAGCUGUUCGGCGCGCCCAUGCGCGCGCACGAGUACACCCCGCCCCUGGCCAACCAGAGCCCGCCGCUGGGGCGGGAGUACUCCAUGCUUCAAACUCAUUCGCCCACGGCCGACGAGAACUCCAUUGGGGCCAAAAUCGAGUACGUCAACCACACGCUGAACGCGUCGCCGGAGCGGUACGCGAACAUGUCGCCGAAGUACGAGGCGAGUUACCACGAAGACGGGAGGAUGAAGGAGCAGAUUAAGAGUGAGCAUGGGAGUAAUCAGACUUACGUGACUUUACCCCCUUUUCUGAAUUAGCCAAAAUUGUGAAAAGACGAUAUUUUUGUUAGGGUUUAGGUUUGCGUUUGGCGGAUGGGCGUUUUUGUUCCUUUUGGGGAAAUUUGCUCUAAAUUUUGGCUAAUGGAAGGGCGCGUAAUCAUUGCAAUUUUAGUUAAGUACCUCACUGUUUGUGCCAUUUUUAGUAUCUUGUGCCUUUGGGUGCUGUUUAUUUUUACAUGUACCUACUUAGAGUAACGACGAUAUUGUAACAAGUGCUUUGAUUAUUUUUAUAUUUACAAUAAAAGUGACAAACAUACUGGAUGGUUUUGCUUGCUUGGGUACCUUGGAACUGUUUGGCUUAGGCUGACGCAAACACACUCACAUUUUGUUUGCUAUAUUUUAUGACUUACUUGUUUAUUUGUAUUGACGAUUGUUUUCUUUGAAAUUACUAUUGUGAUGAUUUUUUUUUUUUCAAAGAAAAUAAUGGAAACCACAAGUCGUGACAAAUUGUUGACGCUGAAAAAUGUGCAAUCGAAAUAGGUUGACAUAAGAAAAUUCCACUCAGUCGAAGUAGGUAUUUUGUUUAAAAGUUAAAAUUUUUUAUAAAACUGAGGUCAUAAGUUAUCAUCGUGGUGCGCGUCAUGUUAUCAGACUCGGUUAACGCCUCGUCGGAUCAUAAUAAUUGGCACUACGAUUUUUAUAGCGUAAGUGCUAAUUAAAAUACCAGAGAUUUUCCGUGCUGGUUUUCUCAGAAGUUUUUUUUUUGCUUUUUACGGCAAAAAUUGUUUCUCAAAAAUCAAAGCGCAGUAUGUGACGUAGUUCUGAGAUUAUUUCUGAAAACUUAUCUCCGUUAGUAGCAUUAAUUAACGUCAUAAAUGGAAAAUCCGAACAGAUAAUACUAAGCAAAAAUUCUUCGAAAAAAUAGCAGUAAUCGUGUUUUUUUGCUUUAUUUUCUGUUAAACUUGUGAUUUUUUUUACCUUCACACUCCUCUAUUCCAGUAUUAAUAAAUGAAUAAUGAUUCAUAUUCAAGCAAUUUUAAUAUCUGCAAGGUAAAAAAUUGGAACUUUUGACAAAUUUCUGAAUGGUUUCGAAAAUAACUUUGUUUGCAUAAAAUGAUAAAUUAUUUAAAAGUGCGUAAGUGAUCUAGUGUUUAAUAAACUACUCCAUAUUCAUUAGAAUUUCCUAUAACAAAAAGACAAUAAUUAUAUGUUUCAUUUAUUUGCAUUGUAAAACCGGUUAAAAGUGGUGAUCAACAUAUCUGUGUAUAAUUAUAAUGAAAAUAAUUAAGUAUAGAAAGGAAGUUGAUUUUAAUUUUCACUUGUCGAAUGAUAGCUGAGAAAAAAUGUAAUUGGGUCAUUUUCAAGAAUAUUUAAUUUGAAUAAUUUCAAUAGCUUGGAAAAUUAAGUAUAUGCUAGAAGAACCACCUCAGGAUUAUUUUUU